AUGAACGAUCUAAUCUCAAGCUCGUUCAAGAGAUACACAGACCUAAACCACCAAGUCCAACUCGACGACAUUGAAUCUCAAAACGCUUCUCUCGAUUCAGGAAACCUCGAUGAGUUCUUCGGAUAUGUCGAGAGUGUUAAAGAAGACAUGAAAGCUGUCGACGAGAUUCAUAAGCGUCUACAAGAGGCUAAUGAAGAGUCCAAGACCGUGCAUGACUCAAAGGCCGUGAAAAAGCUUCGUGCUCGUAUGGAUUCGAGUGUUACAGAGGUCUUGAAACGUGUCAAGAUGAUAAAGUCGAAGCUCGUGGCUUUGGAGAAAUCAAAUGCUGCUCAGAGGAAAGUCCCUGGGUGUGGACCUGGCUCGUCUGCUGAUCGGACCAGAACAUCGGUCGUUAGUGGAUUGGGGAAGAAACUUAAAGACAUGAUGGAUGAUUUUCAGAGACUACGAACCAAAAUGGCUACUGAGUAUAAAGAAACAGUCGAGAGACGGUACUUCACUGUAACGGGGCAAAAAGCAGACGAAGAGACGAUUGAGAAGCUGAUAUCAAGCGGAGAAAGCGAACGUUUUCUCCAAAAAGCGAUACAAGAGCAAGGUCGUGGACAGAUCAUGGACACAUUAUCAGAGAUCCAAGAACGACACGAUGCGGUUAAAGAGAUAGAACGGAGUCUGCUGGAGCUGCACCAAGUGUUUCUCGACAUGGCUGCUCUUGUGGAAGCUCAAGGGAAUAUGCUCAAUGACAUUGAAUCUAAUGUUUCAAAGGCAAGCUCUUUCGUCAUGAGAGGGAGUGAUCAAUUGCACGAGGCUAAAGAUCUUCAGAAGAACUCGAGGAAAUGGACUUGUAUUGCCAUUAUCCUCGCUAUUGUUCUUGUUAUUUUGAUUCUUUUCCCAAUCCUCUUUACAACUGUACUUAAACCUUGA